UGACAUAACCGUUGCGUUGAGCAAUUUUAUUUGAAAUUUGAAAUUGAAUUGAAAACUGGAACUGGAAACGAGAAGUAAUCAAAAUAUUAUUUAAAAUAUAGAAGUGUUUAGUUAAUUACCGAUCAUACCAUAUAUUAUAAUCCAAUAAAAUAAAGAAUCCGAAUACUAAAUCUUGAUUCAAAGCAGCUGCAAGUGAAACCAAACAUGGAUAAACAAUUCACAGUUGAAUUACUCAUAGCGACGUGGAAUGAAUACUUUCCGACAUACCCGCUGACUACAGAAGACCUGAAGAAGCCUCAGUCUAUGAUGGGAGCCCUUUUCCAAGUGUUUGACCUUUUGAACAUUGAUCCAGAGGCUAUUGUUUCACCACCACCAGAAGAAGAGCGAAACGAGAGCCUCAACUUAUACUGGGACCUAAUACCAGUUAUAAACGCGACCAGAGCUGUCAACCACCUCAUCAUGCUCACACAAAACUCAAUCACAAUCACAAUGUUGCUUCAACCGACCCUGAACACAAGCCAGUCAUUGCUGCUGAUCUUGUACAAUGUUAUUAUAUUUCGUGAAGAGAGGGUGUCACAUAUAGCACCUUUUGAGCAAGAACUGUUCUCUCAGGCAGAUAAGGUUACAGCAUUGAAAGACAAAAAGAAUUCUGUGAUAGAAAUGAUCAACAAACAAUUUGCGGGUAAAGCAGAAAGGGCUGGGAGACUCAAGAAGAUAGAUCGGGAAAUGAAACAACAUGAAGAGGAACUUACUCAAGAGAAAGAAGCCCUCGACAAAGAGAAACAGGAACUGGAAGAGAUACAAAUGGAGUGCAGACAACUGGACGCGACGGUAGAGCAGAAGAAGGGACAACGGGACGCGCUCGUGGCUGAAGUGAACAAGAAGCGCGUCCUGAGGGUGUAUGACGCUGACGAUAUUAAGGCUCAGGUGGAGCAAGCCGCCAAGAACGUGACAGACGCCGAGGAGAAGCUGAACACGCUGCGGACCACGCUGAUGCAGAAGGAGAACAGCCUGAAGAACCUGCAGUCCAUCAAACCCAACCUGGACAUUGCCAACAACUUGUUGUACGAUAUCAUGAAGCAAUCGGAUAGUUUGAGGGACUAUGAGACCGGAGACGCGGACAGCAAAGAGGACGAGCUGGGCGAGCUCACCGCUGAGCUGAGUGAGCUGGAGGCUCAGUUCGCGGAGCUGACCAGCGCGCGCGCGGAGGCUGACAGCAAGCGGCGGGAGGCCAGCUUGAGGCGCCAGCAGGAGCGGGCGAAGGCUCAGAGUAAUCUACGAGAAAUGGAAGAAACUGACAAGAAAGGUGCCGAGAAAUGCAAAAAAGCUGCACAGAAUGUGAUAGAACUCCAAAAGUUGACAGCACAGUAUGAAGAGGAAAAAACGGCUAAGAUUAACAUGCUAAUGGAUAUGAAAGAAAAUUAUACUAAUCAAAUAAAAACUAUCAAUGAAGCAGUUUUGAAGGUGACUAGACAGGCCCAGGAGAAAAUCGAAGCUAAAAUACCGAAGCGGCGAGGAUGAAUGUGAUUGUGUGAUACAUUCUGUUGUUUUAUUUGUAUAAAUACUUUAUUUUAAUGUAAAUAAAAAUUAUUCCUAACAA